AUGAAGGAACUACUUGGAAAAGGUCAUCAGUUGUUCAUGGAUAACUAUUAUUCAUCUCCACAACUAUUUCUUGAUCUUAUUGCCAAGGAUACACAUGCAGUUGGAACUGUUCGAAUGAACCGAAAGCAUUUGCCCAAAGAAAUUAAACCAAAAAUGAAGAAAGGUGAGGUGCACUUUCGUCGUUGCGGUGAAUUACUAGCACUAGCCUGGUGUGACAAGCAUCCAGUGACAAUGCUAAGUACAAUGCACACUGCAGCUCUAGGGGACAGUGGUAAGAAAGAUAAGGAUAAAAACCCCAUAAUCAAGCCAAAUGCAGUCAUUGAUUACACAAAGCAUAUGGGAUCUGUAGACACCAGUGACUUCCUCACAGGGGUAUACAGGAAAGCCCUCAAGACUUUCAAGUGGACCAACAAAUUGGUGUUCUACUUGAAAGAUCUCAGUUGUGUAAAUGCCUAUAUAGUCUACAAGAAAGUAAGGCCUCAUGAAGAGAAAUCUACUUUGUUUGAUUUUGUUACAAACUUGGUUGAACAACUAAUUGCAGAGGGGAACAAUGCAGAUGUCCACAGGCCUAAACCCAGCCGGUCUGGACGAAGAAGCAUUGAGCCUGAUGACCAACAUCCCUUUAGAUUGGAAUCAAAGUCCUCUUCGCACUGGCCAAAAAAAUUGCCUCCUACUGAUAAAAAAGACAAGCAUACUAAGCCUUGUCUAGUGUGCAAACCACCAAACACCGGUAAAAGAAAGCAGGCCACGGAGAAAGUGCCUCGUCCAGAGUCGCGCUACUUUUGCCCGAGGUGUAACUGUGCUCUCCAUCCAGAAUGCUUUGAGCCAUUUCAUACCAAAGUUCAAUUCAAGAAGUAA